UUUUUCGGUGAUUAUUCCUCCGUGGCAAGUCCGAUUUAAAAUUUUGUUUUCCAUGUUCAUCUGGAUGUACAUACUCAUGUGCGUGCAAAAUUUGAUGAGAAUUGGCUGAGUGGUGUAAAAGAAAAACGCGGUCAAAGAAGUUGCAAAGUCAAGUACUUAAGCGCUUCGCUCGCCUUCGACUAAUCUUGUUAUAUCUGUAGUCAAAGCUUCAACCUUAUCUAACCUAUUUGAGCCAUUCUUAGGCGCUUUUUCCAAAGUGAAAAAUUGCUACGUUAUUCUAGCAGAAUUUGCGACUAUUGAGUAAAUUUGUGUAUGUAUAUACGUGUUCGUAGUAUUGUAAACAAUUGUGAGAAGUUAUAUAUCGUACAACAAUAUGAUGUUUCCCAUCAAAAUUGUUUGAUGCUACAUGCAUAAAGUUAUUUUAUUUACAUUUUAUUGUAAAAGCAAAUCAUGGCAACCGAGGAAGGAAAUCGUAAUACAACGCUACAGACUUUAGACGAUAGCAGUCAAUCCGUAACUAGUACAUCACAGCAUGCAGGAAACAGCAGGGAAUCGACUACUGCCAGACCUCAAGAACAGAGUAGUCGGCAAAAUAAUCUUCAAAGAAUACAACAGAGAAAACAACAAAUGCUUAAUUUGCCACAAAUGAAGAAAAUAUUAAAAAUUGCAACUUAUAGCGCGUGCAAAGUUGAAGAUUGCAAGUGUAUCGGAUGGAAAAAUUCUCAGUUAUUAACUAAAUCUCCAAAAAAUGAAUCGCUGCAACCUAUUAUAAAUUUUUUUGAUCCUUGUAAAACUUGUACCCACGUUUUAGAAAAUCAUGUUUCACAUUUAACUAAUCAGUCAGAGGAAGAAAUUAAUAAAUUAUUAUGUAUGGUCAUAGAUGCUGACAAUAUAUUUUUAGGAUUACAAAAGGAAGAAGAUCCAGAUACCAAAAAAGUUUAUUUCUAUCUAUACAAACUCUUAAGGAAAUGUAUACAGUCGAUGAGUAAACCUACGAUAGAAGGCCCUUUAGGACAACCACCUUUUGAAAGACCCAGUAUAGCUAAAGCAGUAAUGAAUUUUGUCGCGUAUAAAUAUGGUCAUUUGCCACAGAGGGACAUGCAAGCAAUGUGCGAUAUGGCAAAGAUGUUCUUACAUUGUUUGAAUCAUUGGAAUUUUGAUCCGCUCAGUGCAAGAAGAGGCACAAUUAGUCCAGAAGAAGCUCCUGCAUAUAAAAUCAAUCAUACUCGUUGGCUAGUAUUCUGUCAUAUACCCGCAUUUUGUGACUCGCUACCUCAUUAUGAUACAUCCUUGGUUUUUGGACGAACUUUUGUUCAAGCUGUUUUUAAACCAGUUUCUAGACAAUUAUUAGACAAAUGUCACAGCGAAAGAGAUAAAUUGGCACCGGAAAAAAGAGUAAUAGUUUUAACACAUUUUCCUAAAUUUCUUUCUAUGUUGGAAGCAGAGAUUUAUGCAGAUAAUUCACCGAUCUGGGAUCCUGACUUUAAACAAGUACCUCUUACAUAUUUACAAACUGCAUUGGAAUCGAAAGCAAAUCAAGGAAGAAAAACAGGUGAAUUUGAGAAAGUCAUGGUCCCACCAAACGAUAAAGAUAACUAUACAACAAUUAAUAUCAGCCCUGGUAUGAAAAAGAUUCAUGAGAAAAGGUCAUAUUCCGAGGGACGUACAGAGGUAAAAAGAAGAAAGAACGAAGAGAUGUUUGAAGAUUUGCCGGAAGAAACUGUCGCCGAAAUUGUGGCAACUAUUAAUGACCCUAAUUACAUGUGUGGACCCGAUGCAGUAUUCCCGCCUAAUGUUCCAAGAGAUGAAACUGCUAAGAUCGAAGAAAGUAGAAAAAUUAUAGAAUUUCAUGUUGUUGGAAACAGCUUAACACAGCCAGUUUCUAAACAGACAAUGCUUUGGUUGAUUGGUUUACAUAAUGUCUUUAGCCAUCAGCUACCAAGAAUGCCAAAAGAAUAUAUAUCUCAAUUAGUUUUCGACCCAAAGCAUAAAACUUUGGCUCUAAUAAAAGAUGGACGACCAAUUGGUGGUAUUUGUUUUCGAAUGUUUCCUACUCAAGGUUUUACAGAGAUAGUAUUUUGCGCCGUUACGAGUCAAGAACAAGUUAAAGGCUAUGGCACACAUUUAAUGAACAUGCUUAAAGAUUAUCACAUAAAGAACAACAUAUUACAUUUCCUCACGUUCGCAGAUGAAUUUGCAAUUGGAUAUUUUAAGAAGCAAGGUUUCAGUAAAGACAUUAAGUUGCCUCGAUCAAUGUAUCAAGGAUAUAUUAAAGAUUAUGAAGGCGCGACUUUAAUGCAUUGCGAAUUAAAUGCAAAGAUCGUGUAUACCGAAUUUACAGCGGUUAUACGAAAACAGAAGGAAAUUAUUAAAAAGUUAAUACAUCAAAGACAGCAGGAAAUACAAAAAAUUCAUCCAGGUUUAACGUGUUUCAAAGAAGGUGUUAGGGGAAUUCCAGUCGAAUCUAUUCCUGGUAUUCGUGAAACUGGUUGGAAAAGUUAUGCUCAAACAAGAACAAGAGGCGUAGCUAAAGGGACUCAAGGACCAGAACCAAUGGAAGCGUGUUUAGACAUCACUGAUUCUCUGUACAAUGCUUUAAAGAAUGUUUUAAAUAGUGUGAAGAAUCACAGUACAGCAUGGCCGUUUUUAACACCUGUAGAUAAAAAUGACGUUCCUGAUUAUUAUGAUCACAUUAAAUAUCCAAUGGAUCUGAAAACUAUGACUGAUCGAUUGAAAGCUCGGUAUUAUGUUACGAGAAGAUUAUUUAUAGCAGAUAUGACUCGAAUUUUUACUAAUUGCCGUUUAUAUAAUAACCCCGAUACCGAAUAUUAUCGCUGCGCUAAUGCUUUAGAAAAGUAUUUUCAAACGAGAAUGAAAGAAAUUGGCCUUUGGGAUAAGUAAAAUUUCUUACACGGAAACAGAUUAUUCGAUUAAAAUAAAUAUUUUAUACUUGUACAUUCAUUUGUAAAUACAAAACUUUAACAUCGAUAAGUUUCGAAAAGGAAGCAAUUAAAGAAUAGAAUAAGAUUUAUAAAAGAACGAAGAUAUUUAUUUAUCUAUAAGUGUAAUAUACAGUAUUGUAUAAAAUAUAG